AUGAAAGUUCAACUACUCGUGCUUCUUGCCAUUCUUGGUGUAUCUUUAGCUGACGAGACUAUAACUGAUGCUCCAGAUCCAACCACUGAAGAAGAUAAUCCAUGGGCUACUUAUCCAUCAGUAGCUAAAACUGCUUCUAUUAACGGUUUUGCUGAUAGAAUUUACGAUGAUAUGCCAGAAUGUGCUAAACCAUGUAUGUUCGCUGAUACUGGUAAGACUCCAUGUCCGUAUUGGGAUACUGGAUGUUUAUGUAUAAUGCCAAUGUUUGCUGGUGAAAUUGGUGAAUGUGUGGCCGAUGCUUGUAAAGGUGGCGAUGUCCUCACCAUGAGAAGUUUAGCUACUUCUAUUUGUUCUAGUGCUGGUGUUUGGGAUCCUUAUUGGAUGCCACCUCAAGCAGUUUCCGAUGCUUUAGAUUCAGCUGCAUCUGCCACUGAUGCAGAAGAAACUCCAGAACCAACUCCAGAAACUACUGAACCAGAACCAGAACCUGAACCAAACACUGAAGAAACCACUGCUGAACCAACUCAACCAGCAACUACUGAUGCUCCAACAACCACAUCAACAUCAACUACCUCUGUUAUUAGAACUGCUUCUAUUAAUGGUUUCGCUGAUAGAAUUUAUGAUGAAUUACCUGAAUGUGCCAAACCAUGUAUGUUUGCUGAUACCGGUAUAACUCCAUGUCCAUAUUGGGAUACUGGAUGUUUAUGUGUCAUGCCAAUGUUUGCUGGUGAAAUCGGUGAAUGUGUAGCUGAUGCUUGUAGAGGAAAUGAUGUCCUUGAAAUGAGAAGCUUAGCCACCUCAGCUUGUUCAGUUGCUGGUGUUGGUGAUCCAUUCUGGAGACCACCUGCUUCGGUCUCUGAACUUUUGGAAUCUGCUGCUUCCGCCACUGAUGUUGAAGAAACUGCUGAUCCAACCACCGAAGAAACUACCGAAGAACCAACUCAACCACCAACUACUGAUGCUCCAACAACCACAUCAACAUCAACUACUUCUAUCAUCAGAACUGCUUCUAUUAAUGGUUUCGCUGAUAGAAUUUAUGAUGAACUACCUGAAUGUGCCAAACCAUGUAUGUUUGCUGAUACCGGUAUAACUCCAUGUCCAUAUUGGGAUACUGGAUGUUUAUGUGUCAUGCCAAUGUUUGCUGGUGAAAUCGGUGAAUGUGUAGCUGAUGCUUGUAGAGGAAAUGAUGUCCUUGAAAUGAGAAGCUUAGCCACCUCAGCUUGUUCAGUUGCUGGUGUCGGUGAUCCAUUCUGGAGACCACCUGCAUCUGUUUCCGAACUUUUGGAAUCUGCUGCAUCUGCUACUGAUGUUGAAGAAACUGCUGAUCCAACUUCUGAAGCUCCAUCUUCAAGUGUUCCAGAAGCUACUAGUGAAACUCAACCACCAACCACUGAAGCUCCAGAAGAAUCCGAUAAUCCAUGGGCUACUUAUCCACCUGUUGAUAAGACCGCUUCCAUUAAUGGUUUUGCUGAUAAGAUUUAUGAUGAUAUGCCAGAAUGUGCUAAACCAUGUAUGUUUGCUGAUACUGGUAAGACUCCAUGCCCAUAUUGGGAUACUGGAUGUUUAUGUAUUAUGCCAAUGUUUGCUGGUGAUAUCGGUGAAUGUGUCGCUGAAGCUUGUAAAGGUGCUGACGUUCUUACCAUGAGAAGUUUAGCUACUUCUAUUUGUUCUAGUGCUGGUGUUUGGGAUCCAUUCUGGAUGCCACCUGAUUAUGUUUCUGAUGCUUUAGAUCAUGCCGCUGCUGCUACUGAUGUUGAAGAAACUUCAUCCAACUCAGAACCAACUUCAAGUGCUGACCCAAGCGAAGAAGACUCAUCUUCAGAUCCAGCUCCAACCGAAAGUGUUGAUCCAAGUGAUGAAUCUAGUUCAGUGAUUGCAUCUACUGAAUCAUCUAUUGAAUCAUCUGUUGACCCAGCUGACCCAGCUGAAUCCAGCGAAGAUCCAACUCUUGUUGAUCCAGAAACUUCAAUUAUUCUUACUACCACCACCAAUGUUGUUACUGAAACUUCCACUACUUGUGAAGAAAGUUUCACUUACACCAAUCAAACAUCAACUAAACAAAGUUCAAAUGUAACUACCAAGAAACCAAUUGAAACUGAUAUUGAGACUGAAACCAUUGAUGUGAUUAUUACUAAGACCAAGACCUUAUGUACCAAAUGUAAGACAGUGACUAAGACUGAAAAUGGAGUUCCAACUACUGUUCUUGAAGAUGAAGAAGAAAUCACCAAGGAAACUGAAUCACCAAAGAGUAAACAACAAACAGAAGGUGGUGAAGUUAAACCAACCAAAUCUGGAGAAGUUGAAGCUCCUGCUAAAUCCAAAUCGGGAGAAGCUGCUGGAGUUCCAGAAAAAGAAACCAAACCAGAGGCUGAAGUUGCACCAACUGCAGCUGUGAGUAGUAGUAGCGCUGGUGUUGCUGCUCCACAAGAAACUGGUAUCAUAGAUCAAAUCAAUUCAGGAUCAAGCUUGAUGCCGCUGAUUGUUAAUUUUGUAAUUAUUGCUAUGUCAUUAGUUUACUUCCUUUAG